UGUCCUUGUCAAUUGUCAUUGAUUUGUAAACUUUCUCGGUUGUGGGUGCAAUUUUGAUUGUUUGUGAAUGUUAUUAUCAAAAAUACGGAAUUUGUUGUUUUGGUUUCGUUAUUUGUUCUAACUGAUUAUUUAUAAACUGAUGUCUUUAAUGAAAAAGACUAGAAAUGAUGCUAUUAAAGCUGCGGUCACUUCCUACUUAGAACGUCGGAAUUAUCCCGACAUAGACGUAUUUAGCAAUAACAAUAAUCUAAGCAGAAGUGCUGAACAAAUGGCUGUGGCAACGAUAGUUCAGUGUGAAGCAAGUCGCGCCAAUUCUAUCUUAUUUUCUUGUAUCAACAAUGAUUCCGGCCAAUACGACUCACAAUAUACUAGAUUGGUCAAUUUUAUAAAAGAAAUAAAGCAAGAAAAGGUGAAGAAUGAGUUACUUGGUUUAUUAUGUCCAUUACUUUGUCAUUUGUACCUUGAAAUGCUCAGAGGAGGUCAUGGAGGACCUGCACAGAUGUUUCUAAAGAGACAUUCGGCUACAUUACCUCAAAAGGAUCUAUCCUACCACCAACCUAUCGAUGGAAAUCUACCAUCAGCCUUGUACAGACCUAACAGCCUGGAGCAGCUAUUUAAUUCCUUACAAAAUGGUACUAUUGACAAUGAGACUCCAGAAAAAGACUACAUGAAUCAAAUAUUAGAUGAUAUUGGAUCAAUUUAUACAUUGCAAGAAGUUGAAACAAGACCAUCUAUUGCUGCUUUCAGAUCAUGCAAAUAUGACAUUAGUCUCUCUCAAGAUGCUUUAAAUAUGUUAAAAGCAUAUCUAGACAAACAUGGCCAUGUGCUUCUAAUUCAAGUUCUUCAGACAUGGUUUCACAUUGAUAUCAACAAUGAUCCUAAUAAAAAGAAUGCAGAGGAUGAUGAAGAAGAGAUGGAUGAAGAAAUUAAUAUCAUGAGGAAUAAUCACUCGGAAGAAAAAAAUAUGGAGACUAAUGACAUAUUUUCUGAAUGCAAUGGUCAUGCAGAAUAUUUAAGUAUUGACAAGGAGUUAAUGGAACUUCAAGAAGCAAUUAAAGGGGUCAGAGAAUCCACAGCUCCUCUAAAAUUGUACAAAAUAGCUGCUCCUGAUACAAAUUUAAUAUGCGCCAAAACUGACCAAUACUGCAAUAUAUUAUGUGGAGGCUUCACUAAUUCAGAAAUAAGGUUAUGGGACCUUGGGCAAAACAAUAUAAAUAGAAGAGUAAAUCGGAAUAUCUCUGAAGUUGAGUUAGCUUGCAAUGUGCCUCAUGAACUAGUUCCUGACUCGAAUACAUUACAAAUAGGUGUUGGAAUACCUUUAAGAGGACAUUCUGGACCAGUGCAGGCUGUUACAGUACUCCCACAAGAAGACUUAGUUGUGUCUGCUUCUCAUGACAAUACUAUUAGAUCCUGGAGGCUUACUGAUUAUUCCUGUGCAGCAAUUUAUAGAGGCCACAAUUAUCCAAUAUGGUGCAUGGAUAUAUCUAAAAGUGGCCUGUUCGUCACAGGAUCUCAUGAUAGAACUGCCAAGUUAUGGUCUCUUGAAAGAACAUUUCCAAUAAGAAUAUUUGCUGGUCAUAUGUCUGAUGUCACUUGUGUUAAAUUCCACCCAAAUGAGGCAUAUCUAGCAACAGGUGGAGCUGAUCGUACUGUGCGACUAUGGAUGGUGUCCGAUGCUCGCCUGGUACGAAUCUUUCGUGGUCACCGUGAUCCAGUGAGAACCCUCGCCUUCUCACCUUCUGGAGCUCAUUUAGCUAGUGCUGGUGAUGAUAAGAAAAUUAGAGUUUGGGAUUUAGCUGCAUGUACCUGUAUUCACGAGUAUAGAGGGCACCAUGGGAAAGUCACGGCAUUAGAUUGGUCAGCUGUUGGGAAAGCCAGUUUGACUAACAGGGUCCUCUCAGAUCCUAGCGACCCAUUAGUGGACAAUUCUUUGCUGUGUUCUGCUGGAAUGGAUGGGAUUGUUAAAAUCAUGUCAGAUUGUAAUUCUAAAAACAAGCAAGCAUCAGGCCUAGAGGUGCAAUCCUCCACCUACAACACAAAAUGUUCCUACUUGGUUGAUGUGCAAGUACAUCCAGACUGGGUUGUAGCCAUUGGAACUAAGAGAUAAAAAUACAACUACAAUCUCAUAAACUGUUUAUUCUUUUUUAAAGUAUUGAUAUAAAUAAAAUAUAAUUUCAAGUUAUGACUUUUAAUAUGAAACAUAAUUUUAUUGACCAAACAUACAUUAUUCAUGAAACACAUAUUAUUCAGAUAUUUUUAAAAUGAAACAUGAUUUUGUUGGUCAGACCUUCUUGAAAAAACUAUUAAUAGUGGCUUGUUUCCCUUUUUUAGGUGGUGACAAUUUCUUCUUACUUUUAGUUUCUUUGAAUGCAGGCUCACUUUUAAUUGGUUUCACUGGUUCAUUUAUUGUUUUUACAGGUUCAAUAUUGUCUUUCUGUAUUUUAUUAUUUUCUUUAACUUCUUCUUCUUCAUUUUCUGAGCAGCUCUCAUACACUUCUUCUUUUUUAGUAAGAAUAUAACCAUCUUCAUCAGUGUAUGUUUUAUCUACAAUCUUUCUCCGUUUCUUUGGAUUUAUGAUACCUGAGGUUAUUUUAACAGUAUUUAUGGUUGGUGUAGGUGGUAUUUCAUCCUCAGACUCAUGAUCAACAUCCAUAUCUUUAGCAAAUGGAUCAUUUGUUUCAUUAUCACUUUCACUGUCUGAAACAUGUAGGAGCCUUUUGCGUUUCUUAUCUACUUUAGCAUUUUUCUUUAUUGUAAUACUAUUUUUAUUAUUUGAUUUGCCCUUGACAUUUUCUGCUGAACCAUUAGAUAUAGUUUUAGGUGGUAAAAUUUCUUUGUUAAUUGGUUCAACUUUAUCUUCUUUUUCCUUCUUAAUUUCUGGUUCUGGAACUUUAGCUUUCUUAUUUUUGGAUGAAUCACCAUUAACUUUACUGAAAAACCCUGCAAUACCUGUUGCUGCAACUUUGUUACCAUUUUGUUUAGCUGGAGUUUUCUUAGUUGGCGACUUCUUUUUUGGUGAAGGUUUUUCAGAUUUUUCUUGAGGUUCCACCUUAACUUCAACCGUAUUUCUUACUUCUUUCUUUACAUUGUCUUUAGAUAAAUGUUGUACAUUUGAUUUUGGUGCAUCCAAAACAGUUUGCUUAGUGGAUUUUAAACUUCCAAUUUCAUCUUCAGUUCUUUUAGAGCAAGAGUUAGCUUUAAUUAACCCUGUACAUAGGGCGAGGUCCUCAAAUUUGCUAAUUGCACUUAAAGUACCAUUUUCUAUUGGUUUAGGUCCCCGGUUAACACAAUACACAUGCUCGUAAAAAACAGUUUUCAAAGAUUUUCUUAAGCUGUCUAAUUCCGUUUCUGGACAAACCGUAACACAGCCAUUGUUAUUAUUUAGCAAUCCCGAUAUCAUAUGUGAAACACUAAGAUUCAAUUCUGGAUUUGUCUUUCUGAUAUCCUGUAUGACUUCUCGUAGUAAUGUUUUUGCUUCAUUCACAUGAAUACACAGCUCCUUGCUAAGUGAAAUAUACGUCACUAGCUUAUGCUCGUCUAAUAUUUGUUCUCUCACCGUACUUAUGUUUAUUUUAUUAACGCCCAUUUUGAUCAAGAACUCAGGAUGUCCGUUAUUAACGAAAUUACUAACAAUAAAUAUGUUAUACCCAAUGGUCUAAGUGCAAAACGUUCCGACAAUAAUUUGCCGCACUUUUUGACUUAUAUGCUGA